AUGGCCUAUUUCAUCAAGGGUCAGUUCUUUUAUCGCUGCUAUUCUUCAGCUAGUGCCGGUGCACUGAGAUGUGGAAAUUACAACCACGCCCCCAACACCCUCUCGGACGACGAACUACUAGAUGAAUUCGAAAACCACAGGGACCUAAGAAACAGAGUUCCCACUAAACUGGUCUCUGUGACUGUUCGACCUCUUGAAGCACUACACCGUGCCUUCACAAAAUGCUAUGCCUCCCAGGAACAUCCGGAGGAUGCAGAAGAUAUAUGGAUCGCGAUAUUGUUUGUUCCAGAUGAUGCCAGGAUUAAGCCUCACUCGGCCCUCAAGCUUGCACAAAAGUCCAGGGAAUGCGAGAAUCCUGCCGUUUUUAAACACGAGUAUCUGUUCGUACGAGAAAUCCCGCCAAACUAUGUGGAGCACAUUGUUUCGCUGAAAGAGAUGAUGGAAAAUGGACUAAGCAUGGAUGACUUUCUCGAUGCUGAAGAAAAUCCUCCACGUACUCUGAGUGAAUUGAAGAACAUCAUGAGAGACAGUUUGAUCUGGGACCCAUACGACGCUGGUCGUUGGUUUGGUGGUAUCGCGCGAGCCUUCGGGGCUGGGGCACCGAUGUACACAAUCGCCCACAAGAUACUUUCAGAUUGCCUUAUAGGCCACAGCCGCAUUGACGAGGAAGAUCAGUAUCUUUAUUUUUAUGAGGUGGAUAUUGCUGGAAAUGUCGUUCAUUCGCGCAAUGGUUUUGACUUUGGGAGCAUAUGGGUUGUUGAAGAAGGAAUUCGAGAUGAACUGGAUGCCUGGCUUGGCGUUUGA